AUGUUGUGGGUAGCGUCAUCAUCUACAGAGGGAUCUGUCCAGAUGCGUUUGUACAGUCUUAACAAACGUCAGUUUGUUAUGGUCUUUGUCAUAUUUUUGGUUUGUUUUGCUCUUAGCGUGGUUGUUGGUAUUGCUGGCCCACCUAUAAUUGAAACUGUUUCCCAAAAUGUAUCUACUUUACGCCUGCCACCACCAGACUUAAAGACUGGUCCAUUUCUUUUAAAAUCACCCCCAGUAUCUACCUUCCAUCAACAGCUGUGGUUAAUUGUGCAUGUUGAAACAGAUAACACUGGAACAUCCAGAUUUGAACAGCCAUUUCAGGUGGGUGUCCAGAUUCGUGCCAUUCAAAAAGAUGAAAAACCAAAGGUUUCAUUAUAUAACCCCAAUCUUACAGGAGAAAUGCACAAUCGAACACGCCUCCUUCGAUGUGGACAUGACUGUGAUGACCUUAUCUUGAUGCACCUGGGUUUUCUGGAUUAUUCGAAUUAUAUCAUUACUGUCCGAUUCUUUGGACUUGAAAACAUGAAGUACAAAAUUACAAACAUUAAUUUUCAUUUCAAAAGUUAUAAUGUAACUUUUACGCAAAUAGAAAUUUGGCUGCGAUUUGUAUUCCUGGUUUUGACUUUUAUUGCAACAUGUUUCUUUGCCCACUCCCUAAGAAAAUUUUCUGUAAAGGAUUGGUCAAUAGAACAACGGUGGAUGGCUCUUCUUCUUCCAUUAUUACUUCUUUACAAUGAUCCUAUUUUCCCAAUGACUUUCUUAGUAAAUAGCUGGAUACCAGGAAUGUUAGAUGGACUCUUCCAGGCCACAUUCCUUUCUGCAUUAUUAUUGUUUUGGUUGUGUCUUUACCAUGGAAUCAGACAGACUGAUCGAAGAUUUUCUACAUUUUACUUACCAAAAUUGUUAGUAGUUGGCUUAAUAUGGAUUGCAGCUGUUACAUUGGCAUCUUGGCAAGAAUACAAUGAACUUCAAGAUCCAACAUAUUAUUAUCGUUUAGACAAAACUAACUUUAUGGGCUUCAAGAUUUUCUUUUUCAUUGUGGGUGGAAUCUAUCUUGUUUACCUUGCUUUUCUACUGAUUCGUGCAUUUGCCGAAUUAAGAACAAUGCCUUAUUUUGAUGUGCGAUUAAAAUUUUUGACAGCUUUAAUGUUCAUCAUCUUGGUAGCUUCUGUUGUGAUAACUUUUCUUCGAUUUGGUGGUACCAUGUUACAGGACAACUUUGUGGCCGAACUAACAACACAUUAUCAGAAUUCUGUAGAAUUUGUUUCUUUUUAUGGCCUCCUUAACUUUUAUCUCUAUACAAUGGCUUUUGUUUACUCUCCAUCCAAGAAUGCCCUAUAUGAGACUCACUUUAAAGACAACCCUGCUUUGUCCAUGCUCAAUGAUUCUGAUGAAGAAGUGCAUUAUGGGUCUGAUCAAGAAGAAGUUUCAUUAACUAGUAGGCAAAGGCAGAACCGAUAUGAUACUGAUGAUGAUACUUUCCACUAA